ACAGAGUGGAUCGAGAAUCAAUAGAUAGAUAUAUCGAGCGUAUUUUGAACUUUGGCUCAGAUCUCUCAAACGAAUAGUGUGAGUGUCUGAUUUAUCUAGAAUCGUUACUGGACCACCGAGUCAUUAAGAAACUUUUUCUUCCCACCAAUAGGCGGUAAAUAAUUCAUUCACGUCUUUGUUGGGGAGAUCGAUUCUCACCAUGUACGCCUUCAUCGACGGAGAGAAUCUCAAAGGAGGGGUCCUCUUUAACUCAUCAUUUCUAACCCUGAAUUCAUGGGUUGAUUUAUUGUAACCCACCUUGCAAUCUGCACAUCUCUUUGACUGCCUGUGAAACAUGCAAAAGCAAAACAAUUGGUGGCUGGGGACUUAGGAAUUUGGAUCGUCAAAGAACCUGCUCGGAGUCUCUGACAGCUCGAGCAGUUGGCGGAACGACCAUGGCUCCUCUCUCUCUCUCUCUCAAGCUCCAUUGGUCCAAUGACUGAGAAGACAUUUCGUUUUCCUUUUACCAACAGGUUGCUUAGCUUUAAGUAACGAAAACAAUCUUUGAGAAUUAAAAUGACACUUUAUAUGCCCAUAUUUAGAUCCUGCACCAACCAAAGAACACUAGUACAACUCCAUGCCCAUCUUUUAGUCACCGGGCUUCACAGAGAUGCACUUGCUUCCACCAAACUUAUUGAAUCUUAUGCCAAGUUGGGUGACACAGAAUCUGCUAAACUUGUCUUUGAUGCCUUCCCGAGACCAGAUGCUUUCAUGUGGGGUGUACUGAUAAAGAAUUAUGUCAGGAAUCAUUUCUUCAAAGAGGCCAUUUUACUCUAUCAUGAAAUGCUGCAUCAGAAUAUCAAUAUGAUUAGUUUUAUAUUCCCAUCUCUUCUUAGAGCUUGUUCUAGUCUCGGUAAUGCGGGUUUGGGUGGGAAGGUCCAUGGGAGGAUAAUUAAAAGUGGGUUUGAGUCUGAUGGGAUUGUUGGGACUGCAUUGCUUAGUAUGUAUGGAGAAAGGGGCAAUCUAGAUGCUGCACGCAUGAUAUUUGAUGGCAUGCCAAUGAGAGAUGUAGUUUCCUGGAGUUCAAUUAUAUCCUGCUAUGUACAGUGUGACCAGGCCCAAGAAGGGCUAGAAAUGUUCAAGAGGAUGAUCUCUGAAGGCUUGCAGCCUGAUACCGUGACAAUGCUCAGUGUGACCCAAGCUUGUACUGACCUGGGUUUCCCAAUACUGGCAAGGUCUGUUCAUGGUUAUGUAGUUAGGAGGGGGAUGGAGAAAGAUGAAUCGUUGGAGAAUUCUCUUAUUGUUAUGUACAGUAAAUGUUGCGACUUUAAUAGUGCAGAGAUACUCUUUGAGAAUGCAGCUCACAGGAAUACUGUUUCAUAUACUGCAAUGAUUUCCUGCUACAAUCAGCGAGCUUGCUAUCUAGAAGCGUUGGACAUUUAUUUUAGAAUGCAAGAAUCCAAAGUUGAACCCAAUUCAGUAACUAUGGUGGCAGUUCUGUCUUCUUGUUCGCGAUUGGGUUGGCUCAGAGAGGGGAUGUCGGUGCAUGGUUUCGUAAUUAAAAGAGGUAUAGACCCUGAUUUUCAUCUUGUGGGACCAGCAGUAAUAGACAUGUAUGCUAGCUGUGGGAAAACUGGAUAUUGUCAGAAAGUAUUUGAUGCAAUACAAGAUAAAGAUAUUGUCUCGUGGAAUGCGCUUAUAGCUGUCUACGUUCAGAAAGGUUUACCAAAGGAAGCACUGAGACUCUUUGUGGAGCUGAGAAUGCAGGGGCUGUUUCCAGAUUCAUUCACCCUGGCAAGCUCCAUCUCAGCCUGCGCUGGUAUUGGUUGCUCUCAGCUUGGGAGUCAAAUGCAUGGUCAAAUUGUUAAAACGGGUUUUGAAUCUAAUGAAUAUGUCCAGAACUCCCUUAUAGACAUGUUUUCCAAGUGUGGGUUUGUGGAUACUGCAUAUAGGAUAUUCAGUAGAAUUCAAUGGAAAAGCAUUAUAACAUGGAACUCCAUGAUUGGUGGAUUUGCUCAGAGUGGCUUUUCAAUAGAAGCAAUCGGUCUAUUUGAUGUCAUGCUGUCUACAGGCCUCAAGAUGGAUAAGGUAACCUUUCUAAGUGCUAUUCAAGCCUUCUCUCAUUUGGGUUAUCUAGAGAAGGGGAAAUGGAUCCACCAUAAGCUCAUAGUAUGUGGUUUACAUAAAGAUUCAUAUGUAAAUACAGCUCUCAUGGAUAUGUAUUCCAAGUGUGGAGAUCUUCAGAUAGCUCGGAAAAUUUUCAACAGCAUGUUAGAAAGGAGUGUGGUAUCAUGGAGUGUAAUGAUAGGUGGCUAUGGUAUGCAUGGUAACAUUGAUUCUGCUAUAUCCCUCUUUUGUCAAAUGAUAGGAUCAGGCAUAAAACCAAAUGAAAUAACCUUCAUGAAUAUUUUAUCAGCAUGCAGUCAUGCAGGGCGUAUGGAAGAAGGCAAGUUCUAUUUUAACUUGAUGAAAGACUUUGGAAUUGUGCCCAGUUUAGGACAUUUCACUUGUAUGGUUGACCUUCUCAGUCGAGCUGGUGACCUGGAUAGAGCAUACAGAUUUAUCAGAUCCAUGCCAGUCCCUGCAAAUGCUAGCAUCUGGGGUGCUCUUCUUAAUGGAUGCCGUGUCCACAAAAGGAUGGACAUGAUCAAAAGCAUUGAAAGAAACAUUUUAAGUAUUGAGACAGAUAAUUCAGGAUAUUAUGCUUUAUUAUCAAAUGUAUAUGCUGAAGGAGGGAAGUGGGAUGAUUUCGGAAAAGUCAGAUCAACGAUGAAAGAUAAAGGUGUGAAAAAGGUUCCUGGUUACAGUAUGAUUGAGAUGCAUAGAAGGAUCUUUAUAUUUGGAGUAGGAGAUACUUCACAUCCACAAACAAAGGAAAUUUACAGCUUUCUGAAAGAUCUCGAAAGUUUAGCAGAGGAACAAGGCUAUUCAUUUGGAAGAGAUACUCAAAUGCUUGAUGAGCACAAAGGUCUUCGAGAAAACAAUGUUAAGAGACACAGUGAACUUCUUGCAAUUGCAUUUGGACUUAUUAACUCUAGUCCAGGGACGAUACUACACAUAUCAAAGAACCUUCGUAUUUGUAAGGACUGUCAUACUUUCUCAAAAUUUAUCUCUAAAAUCACAGGCAGAGAGAUCAUCAUGAGAGAUUUGAAUCGUUUCCAUCAUUUCAUGCAUGGGAGUUGCUCUUGUGGAGAUUAUUGGUAAUGUGCUUGAUAACAACUUGACA